AUGGCAAGCCGUGGACACAAGCGUUCAGCAAUAGAGUGUAGGACAAAGACGAAAACUUUGCGGCAGGAGUACGAACGUGUGGCAAACCACAACAAUUGCUCUGGCAAUUCUCCCGUAACAUGCCUAUUCUACGAGGAACUGCACAGCAUUCUUCACAGGGCUGGACAUGCGAGGCCAAAGCGGGUGGCGAGGAAGCUUCAUUUUCAAACGGUGGACAAAGUCCAACAACCAUGCAUGGAAGAAAGAGGAGGGUCAGAGGAACCUUUGUCAAAUGAUGAUCUACUGAUCAUCGACCUAGAGCAUUUCCAUUGCUCCACCCCUGCAGAUGUCGGCAGUUGUGAAAAUCUUCCCAGCACUGUUGAGAGUGUUCCUGUGGACAGACAGCUGGCUGAGAUGACGAUCACAGACUGCAUUGAGCCUGGCAGAUGUGAAAAUCUUCCCAGCACUGUUGAGAGUGUUCCAGUGGACGGAGAGCUGGCUGAGACCAGGAUCAUGGACUGCAUUGAGCCUGCUGUUUCAGGCACUGAUGAGUGGAAGUUUGUUGCUGAUUUGUCACCAGCCGCCCGGUUGGCCACUGUGAGGAAAAGGAAGCGGCGUGGGGCUGUGCUUCACGAUGUUGCUGAGCAAAUCCUGAAGCAGUGUGCUACCGAGCAAGAGCUGUCCAAACGGCGCCACAAAGAGAUGAUGGAGGAAGAAAAACGCUGUCACAAUGAGCUGUUUGAAGAAGGCAGGAAAGACCGCCAGGUGUUCCAGGUUGCGAUGUGGCAAAAUAUGAACCUAAUGCUUGCAGCAGUCAGUGCCCUUAAAACACUGGGUGAGUUAUUCGCUGGGAAGCAGCAGCCAGUGAACGUUAAAGGAACACCCCAACGUGCUAAAGUACCAUCUCACCUGGCACGUAUGGAGCCGCCCUUGUUGUCCGUGCAGGGCCCUGUGUCCUUUGAGGAGGUGGCCAUCUACUUCACAGAGGAAGAGUGGGCUCUGCUGCAUUCUGGCCAAAAAGCUCUUUACAGGGAAGUCAUGAUGGAGAACUACAGGAAUCUGGUCUCUCUGGGAUCUUGGAUCUGCAAACCUGGCCUCAUUUCCUGGCUGGAGGAAGUGGAUGAAAUGUUCAUUCAAAACUCUGAGGAUGUGAAGAGUGCAACAGCCGGAGAUGAAGAAGAAUCAGGUGGAGUCUCUGGGGGAGCAAAAGAGGAUUCAGAAUUGGAAGAAAACAUUGGGAAUCAAGAAAGACUGAAGAGUUGGCAGAGAUGGAAGAGUGAAGGAAACCUGAAGCAGAGGAAGAAUUUUUUUUCCUUUCAUGACAGGGCUCUGAAUCAGUUGCCUCUGAAUGAGAAAAGGUCUGGCUGCAGUUCUAGUGCUAAAAGAUAUGCGAGGAUUCACUCAGGGAAGAAGGCGCAUACAUGCUUGGAGUGUGGAAAAAGUUUCCAUCGUGCCAACCUGCUAACUUAUCAUAAAAGAAUUCACACCGGGGAGAAGCCAUAUAAAUGCUUGGAGUGUGGAAAUAAUUUCAGUAGCAAGAGAAGCCUUAUUUAUCACUACAAGAUUCACACAGUGAAGAAACCAUAUAAAUGUAUGGAGUGUGGAAAGAGUUUCCAGAGUACCAACUUACUAACUUAUCAUAAAAGAAUUCACACAGGGGAGAAGCCAUAUAAAUGCUUGGAGUGUGGAAAGAGCUUUAGAUACAAAAGAACACUGGAUUCUCACGGAACUGUUCAUACAGGAGAGAAAUUGUAUAAAUGCGUGGAGUGUGGAAAUAGUUUCAAUCAGAAGAGAAGCCUUAUUUCUCAUCACUGGAUUCACACAGGGGAGAAGCCAUAUAAAUGCUUAGAGUGUGGAAAGAGCUUCCAUCGUGCCAACCUGCUAACUUAUCAUAAAAGAAUUCACACCGGGGAGAAGCCAUAUAAAUGCUUGGAGUUGAAGAAACCAUAUAAAUGUAUGGAGUGCGGAAAGAGUUUCCAGAGUACCAACUUACUAACUUAUCAUAAAAGAAUUCACACAGGGGAGAAACGAUAUAAAUGCUUGGAGUGUGGAAAAAGUUUCCAUUGUGCUAGCAAGUUAACUUAUCAUAAAAGAAUUCACACAGGGGAGAAGCCAUAUAAAUGCUUGGAGUGUGGAAAGAGCUUUAGAUACAAAAGAACACUGGAUUCUCACAGAACUGUUCACACAGGACAGAAAUUGUAUAAAUGCAUGGAGUGUGGAAAUAGUUUCAAUCAGAAGAGAAGCCUGAUUUCUCAUCACUGGAUUCACACAGGGGAGAAGCCAUAUAAAUGCUUGGAGUGUGGAAAGAGCUUCCAUCAUACCAACCUGCUAACUUAUCAUAAAAGAAUUCACACAGGGGAGAAGCCAUAUAAAUGCUUGGAGUGUGGAAAGAGCUUUAGAUACAAAAGAACACUGGAUUCUCACAGAACUGUUCACACAGGAGAGAAAUUGUAUAAAUGCAUGGAGUGUGGAAAUAGUUUCAAUCAGAAGAGAAGCCUUAUUUCUCAUCACUGGAUUCACACAGGGGAGAAGCCAUAUAAAUGCUUGGAGUGUGGAAAGAGCUUCCAUCAUACCAACCUGCUAACUUAUCAUAAAAGAAUUCACACCGGGGAGAAGCCAUAUAAAUGCUUGGAGUGUGGAAAGAGCUUUAGAUACAAAAUAACACUGGAUUCUCACAGAACUAUUCACACAGGGGAGAAACCAUAUAAAUGCAUGGAGUGUGGAAAGAAUUUCAGUAGCAAGAGAAGCCUUAUUUAUCACUACAAGAUUCACACAGGGGAGAAACCGUAUAAAUGUGUGGAGUGUGGAAAGGGUUUCCAGCGUACCAACUUACUAACUUAUCAUAAAAGAAUUCACACCGGGGAGAAGCCAUAUAAAUGCUUGGAGUGUGGAAAGUGCUUUAGAGGCAAAGGAGCGCUUGAUGCUCACCAAACAAUUCACACAGGAGAGAAACAGUAUAAAUGCAUGGAGUGCGGAAAGAGCUUUCAUUGUACCAGCUUGCUAACUUAUCAUAAAAGAAUUCACACAGGGGAGAGACCACAUAAAUGCUUGGAGUGUGGAAAGGGCUUUAAAGACAAAAGAGCGCUUGAUUCUCACGGAACUGUUCAUACAGAAGAGAAACUGUAUAAAUGCCUGGAGUGUGGAAAGAAUUUCAGGUGGAAGAAAAGCCUUACUUAUCACCACAGGAUUCACACAGGUGAGAAACCAUAUAAAUGUUUGGAGUGUGGAAAGAGUUUCCAUCACAUUGAUUUGAUACUGAAGGAACAGAUUCUUCCCAGCAUGUGUCCCACUGAGGCUUCUGCUGUCCUCAAUGAACUCUGCUCCGUAGCUGCUGCAAAUAGCACACUCAGUGAAGAGAAGAGAUUUGUGACCACACCACCUCUGGAAGAGGAACAAGCGCUGCUACCAAGCAUGCGCAGAGGAGUCCAGAAACAUGGCAGAAGCAAUAGACAUCCCAUCCCUUCCGUGGAUGCUGUUGACAAUCCACUGAAAAUCAGCUCACAGGUGACUGAUGGAUUGCAGUUCUGCCCACCCUUAGUAGGAGAAACAUAA